UCCUCCAACCUUCUCCUUACUCCUAUUAUUUGGGGCUGGGCAUCCCUGUUCCCGGAGCCUGAGGGAUUGAUUCAGCGCCUCAGCCCUCCACCAUAGCCCAAAAGUCAAAGCAGGCAAGCUGUAAUAUUUUAAACUGGCAAAAUCAAGCAAAAAGAGACAACUAUCUCAGAUCUUCCCACAGAGAUCUUGUUCAGAUAUUUCUCCUAAAUACAAAAAGCUACAACCUUCCGUUAUGAAACAAUUAAAAAGAAAGAGAAAAAGUAAUUUUAGUGUGCAAGAAACACAAACUUUACUUAAGGAAAUUAAGAAAAGAAGAGAUGUAAUUUUUUCCAAGCAACUUAACACAACCAUUAAUGAAAUGAAGCGUAAAGCAUGGGAAGAAAUUGCUGAGUGUGUGAACGCACUGGGUGAAGGAGAACAGAGAACAGGAACUGAGGUGAAAAGGAGAUAUCUUGAUUGGAGGGCCUUGGUUAAGAGGAAGAGGCUCAAUUCAGACAUUAAGCUGGGAAAUUCAGGGUUCCAUCUGCCUCUUUCAGAUCUAGAUGAUUCUAUCAAUGACGAUGCUGAUGACAAGCCGAGUGUCUUAACAAGUGAAUCAAGUUUGGAGUGGAAAAAUGUUUCUGAUGUCCGAGAAGCAAACGAAUCAAUGGCAGAGAUCAAAGUUGAAGAAGAAGAGGACCCUCAAAGUUUUGAGGGUCCUAGUUGGAAAAAGCGAGUGUCUCAUCCAUGCUUGGGAAUCCAGCUCAACUCUCGUCAAAAUAGAAUACUGUAUAAUAAGACGCCUAGUGAUGAGCAGUUUGAGAUCGAGGAAGAAGAUGAAAUGCUGUCAACUGUCCUUCCCGAUUCGAGGGAAGAGAAUGACUUACCUGAAGAAUUUCCCCGGAUUGAGGAGUUUGGAACAUUGAGUUCCAUAACCCGAAUACCAUAUAAAGAUUCCCACCUUCUAGUGACUCUAGAGAAGCAGAAACUGGAGUUGGAACGGCAGAGGUUGAGCAUUGAGGCUGAAAGGCUUCAGGUGGAGAAAGAAAGACUCCAAAUAGAGAGAGAGAGGUUGCGACACUUAGAUAUGGAGCAUGAAAGACUUCAGCUCGAGAAAGAGAGACUGCAAAUCGAACGAGAGAAGCUAAGGCUGCAGGUUAUGCAUGCUGAAAAACCAAAUCUAGAGAAUGAGUUUGGCCAAGCAGAAAAGACUGUCUUGCAACCUUUGGACAUAGAAGCUGAAAAAUUAAAACUCGAGAGGGAGCAUUUGCAGCUGGAGAAGGAAAGGCUUCAGCUCUUAAAAUUCGAAUCCGAGAAGCUCCACAUAGAGAAGGAGCGUCUACAAGUUGAGAAAGAGAGGCUUCGAAUUCAAAGAGAGGGCCAUCUGCAGUAAAAGUAGCAACCAUUUAGUUGAGCAGGUUUCAAAGUAGAGUUGUUUUGUGUGUAACGAUUUGCCUGUAGGCAUCUGCUUCUGUUGACCAUCAGGGUGAUUAUGCUGGUUAUAUUGCACCACUGUUCUCAACAAAAAGGUCAAUGUGCAGCAAUUGUGUAUACUUUAGUGUGCCUGCAGAAAUGGAAGUGUGUGAGUUUGUUAGUGAAAUUAAGCUGUUCUUCAUCUCUCAAAUGUAUUAUUGUGCUAGCAAAACCAAGAGUGAAAUGUCUAUGUGUUGCAGAUAUUCUAGAUCACUUUGCUAAGUAUAUGCUCCUUCAUAACGGAUAGCUUCCAACUUCAAAGUGAAAAA